AUGUCGAGACCUUCCACACCCUCGGGUCGGUCGAACCUGAUGGAGAAGCUUUUCAACAAGAUCCGUACUCCGACUUCGUCCUCGGGAGGCGCAGCGUCGUCGUCGUCGUCCACAUCGGCGAACGGCAACCACGCCCAAGGCUCGAUCGGCGCGUCAUCCUCAUCUCCCUUUUCACUCUCCACCGCUUCUCUCCUCCGACGCAACUCGUCUCGCUCUUCAUUCCAUUGCGGUGGUUCCUCAGCCAUGGCGUCGACCUCGUCGCUCGCUUCGAAUUCAUCCUCGCUCGCGGCAGGCGCUCUCGGAGCUCUAGAUUUCGAGGAUGACAACGAUGUACCCUUACCCGAAUUCGAAUCCGACGCUUACCUCUCCAAUGCAUCAUGGAACGACAAUGGCUCCUCCGUCAAGGCGUCCUCUCCGACGUUCCCAUCCUCAUCGCCGUCCACAUCGCGAACAGCCGUCAACGCCGGAGCGGGGGCGAUCAGUCAACCUCGUCCUUCGUUCUCGUCGUCAGGAGGUCGACCCUCGUUCGAUCAACUCGACGGACCUUUGAACAACCCACCUCGGUCCUCGUCAAGCAUGUCCCGUCACUCCCCGCCGUUACCCUUCUCCAACCCGCUCUUACGAUCCAACACCAGCGCCAAUAGCGGAGGGGGCAGCGGUUCCUCCUCAGGGAUAGGUUCCGUCGGCGUCGAUAGCUCAGGUGACGGGCUGAGGAAAUCGACCUUUAUCAGUCGGGCUGCGGCAAACGCGAGCGGUUCGACUUCAAGUAGUAAUUUGAGGACGUUGGCGAGGAGUUGGACGAAGAGUAAGGAGAAGUUGACCGGUUUCGGGGACUUUGUUGGCACGAACGAGAGCGGAUUUGGUCAAUGGUGCCGAGGGGAGGAUGGAGCUGCUCAUGCAGAGGAUGCGCGUAAAACAAACGAAAUGGUGAGUGUUUCAGUGUUGAAGCGAUUUACAAAAUGAGAUCUUGGAAAUAACUCUCCGGUCUCUGACCUCCUUCAGGAUUCGAGAUCUUCUCCGACCCUCGCCUCCUCCUUGUCGCACAGCCGAGUAACUCUCGAACGCCGAACGUCGAACGACCGCAUACUCUCCGCGUCCCAACCCGCCCUCUCCACCUUCGCCACCACCACUCCAGCCCUCCCCAGACCAGGUCUGACAGCCUCGACGAAAGCGACGGGAGAACGAACAGGCGGUCGAGGAUGGCUCGAACGCAAGUCCUUGAUGCAGAGUCAAACUGGACGGGAGGUACGGAGGUGAAAAAGAGGAGGGCCCAGAGGGUCAUUUGCAGGAGUUGAUGGCGAAGAAGGAGAGGGACGGCUUGGAAGGGCCAAUUAGUGAUGCCGGCGAUCACGGGAGAGUGGUCAGUCAACUUUCUCGAUUCUCGUGAUCCGGGACUGCCUGUGGCGCAGCAUAUUGAUCACUUUCAUGAUCCCUUCGAGUUGUACAGCAUCCGAAUCGAAUGCUUCGCCGCCGUUACGACCGCCCCUUUCGCCGCACAAUCGAUCCCGAUCUGAAGUGACGCCUUCGUCGCCUCGCCUCGUGUCCAAGGACAGAGCAGCGGCUACCGUGACUAUCGUCUCGUCAUCUUCGACCUCAUACGCCCGACCUGGUUCGUCUUUGUCGCAAUACAAUACCUCGUCCAGCACAGACACCUCUCCGCCGACACUCGGCAGCAGUACGCGAUCACGCUCGACUGCGCAAACGACGGCGACAAUGAACAUAACCUCUUCGACCAACGCCGUCGCCGCACCCAAAGUCCCAUCCGUUCCUACCGAAAUGCCAGAAAGUAGCACGAUGCUCCGCCAACGCUUCUUGGUCAGUCGAAGUUCGACCCCUUCCGAAACCUCUUCAGGUCCCUCCCCGAGUCCGCCACCCCCACCUUCAAAGCCCGCCCUCGAGAACAAGUAUCGCCUUCCCUCGAUGAGUCCACCUGAACGGGAAGCCGAAGGACGACCUGAAUCGCCCUCGAUGAUGACCUACGCCGCUCGACGAGGUGCCUCGAUUGAUGGCGGUAACGCGUCAAUGUCGAGGGAGGAAACGAUCAUGGCCCUCCCACCUCGUGCGGCAUCAAGUAUCGCCAUGUAUCGCGAUGAGAUGCCAGCCCAACCGAUCCAUCAUGCGAACUAUGCGAGCAGUUCUUUACCGAGUCGAUCGACGGGUGGGGCUUUGCCAUAUGUCGAUGAUCGAGCGGCGGAGUACCAGGCUCAGAACUUCCCUGCUCGACCUGGGUCGGCGAUGGAGCUGUACCAUGACGAGAACGUCUAUUCGUCAUCACGCACAGCUACCACAGCUACCACCGCUGCACCGGUCGUCGCGCCUACGACAACGAAUGGCAGGACUGUCUUAGGGGAGACGUAUAGGGCUACGAACAUCGGUCCUCUUUUGACGACGGCGAAUGGGAGACAAUACCCGCCUUCUUCCCAACCUUUUUCGACUAAGCCGACGGCGGUCCCUGCUCCGGUCGAGUAUCAAGUACCUUUGAGAGAUCGAUCACCGGGGAUGGCGGAGGCGACACCUGUUGCGUUGUACCAUCAACACAACAGCAGCAACAGCAGCAACAGCAGCAGCACUACGCCCAGCAACAACAACAACAACACAAGCAUAUGA